UCGGCAGAGUGUACAAUGUGCUGCCAGAGAGCCAGCAGGCAGUGCACAGAGAAACGGCAAGAGAGGGAGGGAGAGAAGGGGAAAGUGCCAGAGCUGACUGCGAGCGUCAUCCGUGAGGCCAGCGCUGCAGCCUGGUUUCAGGAUCCACCAGCCCACACCAUCAGGAUGGGCUGCACAACGGGCCACCUGGCUUGCCAAACCCAGCCCCAGACCAGCACGGGACAAGAGGGCCAGUCCCUGGAGGCUGGCGGUGCCAAAGUCCCUGAGGUGCUCUCCUCUCUUGAGCGUCUGUCCCAGGCCACUGGAGGCAUGGAGAAGUCCUGGUACCGCUGCAUCUUUCCCUUUGGAAUCAUCUCUUUGGUGAUCGGUGUGGCAGGAACUGGGGUUACCUACACCUAUAACGACUUGCCUCAGACUCAAGUGGUGUCAGUUGUGCUACUUGUCAUGGGUCUUUUGCUGUUGCUGAUGGCCACCGCCUGUUGGACUGUCCACAAGAAGAAGAGAAGGAAAAAGAAAGAGGGAGGCUCGUUCACCUCUGAGCAGUGUCCCCUGUGAAGCACAUGGGGAAAACAGUGGUAGGAACUUGAAAGCAGAGACAUACUCAGGGCUGGGAGCUCAAGAGUUGGCUAAAGAAGCCGCCACUUCACCUCCUCCCAGCGCCGAAUCCCCUCUAUUCUUUAUCACAGAGUUUGGCUCAGCUCAUGCCGGAGAGAACUUGAGUUGAGAAAUCAUAGAGCGUGGAAGGACAGAUAGACAGGAGGACACUGAGUAUCUGUUUAGUCUGUAAAGUUUGGACCAUUUUGGAUUGGCAAGGAGGGAUCACCAAUGCCUCACACACUCUUUUAUCAUCUGACAGCAGGUGUCCAGUGUCAAAACAACCUCAGAGGAGACACACACAAAUAUGCAUUGCACACUACAUGCAUAUUUACACGCACGGCCCCUCGCAGUCCUCACUCACAUAUGCACUGGCAGUCACAGCAGGAGCUUGCACAGACACCUAACACGCUAUGCAGAGCUGCUGCUGGAGUCAACGCUGGCGUCACUAGGCACGUCAGUCACAGCAUUCCUCCUGCCAGGACAGGUGACUCUCCAAGAGGCCAGAAGUGGGCCAAAGACGGCAACCCGAUACCCAGCCGAAAGAGCAGCGCACCCGCGUCAGCGGCCAGCGUCAUUCACUCGUCCUGUGACACCGCAGCAAUGUGUUGAGGGCUUUUUUUACGCAAUGGGAGAGUGGAACUUGAGUCCAGCAGGAUCUUGCUGGCAUCUGUGUGGACGAUGAGCUGGAGAGGGCAGAGGACCUGCUGGGGAAGUGGAAGGUGUUUGUGUGUGCUCAAAUUAAGAUUCUAGUGAAUCGAAAGACUGUUGGACUUCACUACUAAGGAACAACAGAUUUGCACAUAUAGCCAUGUCCACGCCAAGCAAGAGAAACUCCUAGAACAGCAACAUACUCUGAAAGGCCUUUUGUAGCUUCAGCUUCACAUUACAAAGGAGUGGGGCACUGACUUCUGACUGACUGAUUGCCCUCCUGUCAAUGUGCGAGCAUUUACGCCCAGCCUAGUAUCUUCGUGGGGCACCUCAGCCCCACACAGGGCAGGCCAGGAUUAUUGAAGGACACUACCCGAGGGGACAUGCCACUGCAGGGACACUUUGACUGAUCCUGCUCCCCUAGGGCCCCUCCCUCUUGGUGCCUUGAGCAAGCACUCAUGGAAAAAGGCUCUGUCACAUUCCCCUGUUUCCAUCUGAACCCCUGAGAAUUUCCCCUCUUGUUCUCUCUCUCUUUCUCUCUCUCCCCUCAUCCAUCCCAUAUGCCUUCCUCCAUCCUACAUCCUGUGUCUGACUUGAUCCCUCUCAUUUCCCAAAUGUGACAUAGCCCAGGAGGAAGUGUGUGCAGCCUUUUGAUAUUCAAAUUAAGACACACACAUACAUUUAAUUUUAAGCCUCAGAUAUUUGUCUGUAUCACUGUGUGCCAAAGAGAGUGCAUUAUUUUCUUUCUCACAGUGGAAAGAAUAUUGACUGAGAGUGAGUGACAAAUCCCUUUGUCAGUCUGAAGAUAUGGUACAAGGCUGUUUCUCUAGUGAAUACUGAUUCAUGUUUGUGCUCUAAGUGACUCUGGGGUUUCCCUUUCAUGUACUUUUUCCUUUCUGAAAGAACGAGUGAAUGUAGCUGCGCUCAGCUCCACAUCUGUGAAUAGGUGCUUUCUGUUGGUGUGUGGUCUCACGGGAUGAGACACACAAUGGCAUUUGAUUCUUGUCUUAAAUAUUCUCAUUUCUGUCACAGAAUGUAACACUGGAUGGCAAAUGCAAAUCACAGAAGUAGAAAGUACAACACGUAGAAUGUACAGAAAUUGAGUCUAGCCCGUUUGUCCCUAUGUGUUCGAGCACUCCUUUAUCCUUGAGAACUGUCAUUGAUCUUUGUUGCAUUGAUUCUGGCUGUCAGAUUAGUGAUGCUUGUUGCCGAGUAAAAUGUGUCUAUGCAUCCAGAGGUAGCAGUUAAUAACACACAAUGCCAAAGACCGACCUGGAGGCCAUCUGCUUCAAUAGACAUGCAAUCGAUCAGUCCUUUCUCAGUCAGUGUGCAUUUAGAUGUUCUGUUGCAUACUGAUUGUCUGCUGAACUCUGUUAGUUUAAACAGAGGGGAGGAGGGGGAAGUAAGGAGUUAACGGAGGAAGACAAAAGCAGAACCUGGGAAGUCAUUCCUUUCACUUUAAUGUGGGAGUGGGGAGCUGUCCCUGCAGUUAGAUUAGGAUCAGCCAUCCUGAACAGAGCAGUAUUAUUCUUAGGGGAU